AUGAACUCCAAUUUGGCUAGCGAUGAAAUCGAUGAGUCUGCAGCCAAUAAGGAUAAUCAGCUACGGCGGCGUAAGCUUUCUCCGAUGCGUCUACAAAGCAGUGAAUCUCCUUUUUGCAUUCAUUCUUCAUGUACUCUAUUGGUCGAUUUAUUUGUUUCUGAUCCCACUCAUAUUUAUCCGACCAACGCCUUUGCAAGAAGAUCUUUAUCGGAAGAGUGCAUGGGAUUAGAACUCCUAAUGGGUCGAAUAUUGACGCAACGAAUUGUAAUACUUGUCUUUUAG